UUUUUGGCGUUGUAUAAAAGGUGCGAGCAGUUUGUGGUAGUCAUCACAAUUCGUUUUUAAUCAGUUUGAAUCAGUGGUUUGUUGUAGCAGACUUAACUAGCCAUGUCUCGACUUACGAUUCUCUUUGUCAUCGCUGCGGCGUAUGGAGUGAUUGCAGAGGAUGUGAAGAAGGACUCAGCUACAGACUCUCGCGCUGACCAGAGCGGAUUAAUAGGUGUAGGUGCCCCCGGUCUGAUCGGAGGUGGAUACGGUUACGGCAACGGACUCGGCGGCGGCUGGGGUCUCGGCGCUGGCGGCCUCGGCGCUGGUGCAGCUGGACUCGUAGUCUCUGGACCGGGAGUCGUCGGUGGCGGCGCCAACCUGAACAACGCCGCCGCGGCCGGAGUGGCCCAACUCAGCGCUAUCCAAAACGCUCAAGCCGUACAAGCCGCGCAGAUCGCCAACGCAGCCGCUGCCGCCAUCCAAGGCGCUCGCGUCACCGAAGCCGCCGCUAGAGCCGGACAAGCCAACGCCAUCCAGAACGCUCAAGCGUUGGACGCCGCUCGCUUAGCCAACAUCCAGAGAGCGCAGGCCGCGGCUUACGAGAACGCCCGCGCCGCUGAAGCCGCGAGACGUGCUUCCGCCGCUGCCGCAGCUGAAGUCGCUCGCGCUGUAGAAGCCGAACGUGUAGCCAACGCCGCGCGCGUCCAAGCUGCAGCUAUCGCCAACGCUCGUGCUAUUGAAGCCGCUCGCAUUGCCAACGCUGCGAGAGCGCAAGCCGCCGCUAUCGCCAACAGUGCCGCUCAAGCUCAAGCUGUCGCCGACACCGUCGCGAGAAACGCCGGUGCUGGCGGUCUCUGGCUCGGCGGCGGUGCUGGUCUGGGCAAUGGAGGUGGUGCAGUCAUCGCGGCCGCCCCUGUAGCCGUUGGCGGCGUUGCCAACGUCGGCGGCUGGGGACUCGGCGGAGGAUACGGAAUCGGCGGCGGAUACGGAGGAUACGGUCUCGGCGGCGGAUACGGAGGAUACGGCGGCUACGGGAAGGGACACUAAAUAAUACGACGUACUUAUUAGGGAUGACACCAAAAAUAUUAUAGAUAGAAUAAUCAAUUUCUACAUCCAUUUCUCCGUCACGUUCCAAGGAAAUGGUUAGCGGCAUAUUAAUAUUAAGUAUCGGUCGUGUAAAUAUAAUAAAAUAACAUACGAUUGCAUAAAAAA